GCGGCGAGCAGCAGAGGGUCUGCGCGCGGACGCCAACCGGAGGUCGGCGGACGGUGACCUCGCGGUCCCCGGAGCCCAGCCCCGGCUGAGCUCCCGCCCACCACUCCCCACCCCUGCAGGACGCGCCUCUCCAACAAGCCCCAACCCUUCCCAGCAGGCGAGGCGGGAAAAAAGCGAAAGCCUCGCCCACAGCCCUGCCCCCAGCUCCGCCGCUCCCAGGCUCCUCCGGACUCCGCGCAUCCUCCUGGGAUUGUCUCGGAGGGGACCGCGCCGUGCAGGCCACUGGUCACAUGGGUCACGAGGUGAGGGGCGAAUACUUGCCAUCCUGAAAGCAGCUUGGUGCAGAGAAGGUGGAGAGGAGUGCUGGGCUCAGCCAGGAAGGACCCCGAAAAGCCCUCUGGAGCGCUUCCAGACAGAGCAGUCAAACGCCAUGGAGGUGGUGCUGCUCUUCCUGUGUGGCCUGCUGGCCCCGGCGGUCCUGGCCAAUGCAGCUGAGCAGGAGAAAGAAAAGGACCCUUUUCAUUAUGACUACCAGACCCUGAGGAUCGGGGGAUUGGUGUUUGCUGUGGUCCUCUUCUCGGUGGGGAUCCUGCUUAUCCUAAGUCGCAGAUGCAAGUGCAGUUUUAACCAGAAGCCGCGGGCUCCAGGGGACGAGGAGGCCCAGGUGGAGAACCUCGUCACUGCAAAUGCAACGGAGCCCCAGAAAGCAGAGAACUGAAGUGCAGCCCUCAGGCACAAAGAACGUGAAGGCAGCUGCUUGAACCUUUAGAUGCAAAUGCUGAUGCUUAAGAAAACCGGCCACUUCAGCAACAGAUCUUUCCCCAGGAGAAGUCAAGAACUUGUGUGUCCCCUGCCCUCUCCCCAACCCCUCGACACCUGUCCUCAACUUAAUGAUGCAACCCCUGCCCCUCUGCAGCCUGUGGUCUCGUCCACCUCCUGUGACGUGUGUCUGUGUGUGUGUGUGUGUGUGUGUGUCUGAUGACUGUGGUCUUCGUGGCUGCUUGUUCGUGGAUGACACUGUAUUUUAGUGAACCUGGCCCCACUUUCCUGGGCAGGAGCUCAGCCAUGUGGCUGUCAGCUCGUCUCUGCUCUCCAUGGCCCCAUCACCUUCCACUCCUGGGAGUCUGCUUUGUCCCUAAGAGACCAGUUCCUUCUCUUGAUUUAGGGGUGAAUGGAGGGGUUGGGCACGGGCGGGAGUCUCUGAUUGGCUUGGGACUUGGGAAGGUUUACAUCACCUUCGUGAUCCUUCUACAUGGCCCGUCUUCACUCCUUUUAUAAGAACCUUGCUUCCACAUUUGUCCCUGGACCAACUCUGUUCUGAGGUCCCUUGGCAGUGGGAGGUUCCCAGCAAGGAGCUGAUGAGCCCGCUUUGCCCUCGGGCAGCUACACCCCUUCCCUGGUGCCCAUCUGCCCCACCUCACUCUGCCCCUGGGGAACGUGCCCCUUGCAUAUCUUCUCAGCAAUAACCCCGUGGGCUCUGGAACCCUACCCCCUUCUCCAGCCUUCCCUGCUCCCAAGACACCCAUCUCUAGCCCAGCUCGUCUGGACUCAGACUCCUGUCCCUGACCUGGGGCUCUGGCAGGUGAUGGCUGAAGGGGUGCAUUCAGCUGGGGCCAGUGCUCUGGGGAGGGGCAGCUGGGAGAGCAGGGGUCCUUUGCUUCUCUGUCCACAUCCCAUUGGCCAGGCAGCAGCGGGGGCGCCUGCACCCUCUGCUCGCCUGUCACUGGCCAGAACGGCAAGUGCAGCGGCUGUGCUGCGGGUUAGGGACCCGGCAGGGCUCCGCGCAGCCCUGCUGCAGGGGGAACGGCACGAGGUCGAAGCUGGUGAAGAGAGUGGAAAAUCAGACCCCGCCCCUCCCACUCAUCGUGUUCUCGUGGAAACUAACCAAACCGUGCCGCUGUGACCAGGACUGCUGUUCUCUGUGUCGUGAUCUCUCCUCAACAACGACGAAAGGAAUAAAAUACCACUUGUUUCCUA